CGUGACCAUGAUGGAGUACAUCUCGGGCGUGGACCUGAUGCGCGUGGUGACCAAGGCUACGUACCUGAAUAUCGACCACGUGCAGAUUGUCAUAGCACAGCUGAUUCUAGCACUGGAGCACCUUCACCUACGAGGCUUCUUGCAUCGAGACGUGAAGGUAUCCAACAUGCUCAUCGUUCCUGGUGGCCGGGUCAAGCUGAUCGACUUCGACACCAACAAGGUCUGCCUGGGCCACUUUUCGAAACGACUCGUAAAAGGAUAUUUUGCCAGGACAGCGUUUGAAUUCCAUGACGGCGAGUCGGCGGGUACGAUCCCGUACAUGGCUCCCGAGAUCCUGAAACGGCGGCCAUACGGUAGGGCCUGCGACUGGUGGUCAUCAGGAAUCGUAUUUUACAAGUUGAUGACUGGCAGAGUGCCUUUCAGAGGAAGAACAAAGCAGCUUCUACGGGACCGCAUCAUUGGAGCCCCACUGAAGUGGCCCAAGACUGAGGAGCACCCGCAUUCGGCAACGCCGGAGGCCAAGGACAUGGUUUUCAAGCUUCUGCGAAAAAACCCCAUAGAGCGACUCGCGUCUCGGCAUUACCAGGACCUCAAAAAUCACCCCUUCUUCAGCGGCUUCAACUGGAAGGCGUUGAGUGCGAACAAAUUUCUCUGCGAAAUUACGGCCAUCGCGGAAGCGAUGGGCGGUGGUGCCACCACUUUGUCCGCCGCCGACGAGGCAGGCGGUCGUGAGGGCACCAAGAAGCCGAGGUCGUCCAAACCGCCCUCGAGAGGAGAGUCGCCGCCCGAUAGAAAGGAGGAGCAGCAGCUUUUUCUGACCUUUGACAGCACACUGACGGUCGAAUAA